GUUCUCUGAUUAAACGGAGUUCACGUGACGUCAGCUGUGCUUAAUAUACGUUACGGUUGUCGUGUCAUUUAUUUAUUUAAAAAACAUUACAUUAUAUAAAUUUAAACAAAUUAAGUAUUUAGAAAUGUCAACAGCAAAACCGAGUUCAAAAAAAUUGAAGUGGGCAUUAGAUUUUUCACACAGAGGUAAAGUAGAAAAGAAUGUAGAAAUAGCUGCACCACCAGGUUACACACAUGGAGCCACAGAUCGGAGCAUUGAUCAUUCAAGAGAAUCCAAUUCAAAUCAUUUAAUAAUGAAGAAAUCCUGGGAUUUAGCACUUGGUCCAUUAAAGCAAGUACCAAUGAAUAUUUUCAUCAUGUACAUGGCUGGUAAUUCCAUAUCGAUAUUUCCUAUCAUGAUGGUUGGUAUGUUGAUCAUCAGGCCAGUUAAAGCUCUAUUUACUCUUCAACAAACAUUUAAAGUAGUCGAGGGUACAAAUGCAUAUUUUCAGAAAUUUUUAUUUUUACUGGGUCAACUAGUGAAUAUUUUGUUGGCACUUUAUAAAUGCCAGUCUAUGGGACUUUUGCCAACCCACAGCUCAGAUUGGCUUGCAUUUGUUGAACCACAAACAAGGGUAGAAUAUUCCGGAGGUGGUUUUGUAUACACAUAAAAUAUAGGAAAAUCUACAAAUUUAUAAAUAUUACGAUAAGAUAUGUCAUUUACUACCUAACUUCUAUUUGUACAAGAUUCUUAGCAUUCAUUUACAUGAAAAUGUACAGUCAUCACUGCAAUUUAAAACAUUCUGCAUGUUUGAAUAACCAUUACAAGUUGUUUCUUGCAAAAAUGACCAUGGAUUAGAAGUUGUUCUUAUUUAUUUAAGUAGAAGAUUAAAGUCACAUUUAUUGUAUGUAAUGCAAAUUUACAAUAUUAAAAAAUUAUAAAAAGUUGUAAAAAAUCAUUAAAUUGACGUGUCAUUUGAAAGCUGAUU